AUGAGUCAAGAGGAUAUCGCAACGGCGCAAGGCGCUGUUCUCGUCAAAUCCUGUCAAGUUCCGGCAGGAUCAAUCCCAAUCCGAGGAUUCGACUUUGAAUCUGAAGAUGUCACAAUUUCAUCAAUCCUCAAAUCAUAUCUUAGCACUGGCUUCCAAGCUUCUCAUCUUGCGAUGGCUAUUCAGCAAGUUGACGAGAUGUUGAAUCUACGGGAGAAACGACUUCAGGAUGGAGUUGAUGCGACAUUUCCAUAUCCAGAAAAUAGGCGAAAAAGGAAUUGCACAAUUUUCUUAGGGUACACUUCGAAUUUAGUAACAAGCGGUUUAAGAGAAACUCUUCGGUUCAUUGUGAAGCACGAUCUUGUGGAUUGUAUUGUCACUUCUGCUGGAGGAAUUGAGGAAGACCUCAUCAAAUGUCUGAAACCGUCAUACCUUGGAGCAUUUACGAUGGAUGGAAAGACUUUGAGAAGUAAUGGAAUGAAUAGAGCUGGAAAUGUGCUCAUUCCCAAUGACAAUUAUUGCGCGUUCGAGGAUUGGCUUAAUCCCAUCUUGGACGAAUGUCUUAAAGAGCAAGAGAAAAAUGGAUUCAAUUGGACUCCUUCUAAGCUCAUCCAAAGACUUGGCGAAAAAAUCGACGACGAAUCUUCCAUAUUAUACUGGGCGGCCAAACAUAAAAUUCCAGUUUUCUGCCCGGCACUCACUGAUGGAUCCCUUGGAGAUAUGCUUUAUUUCCACUCGGUUAAAAACUCACCUGGUCUUCGAGUCGACAUUGUUGAAGACGUUCGUCAUAUUAACACGCUGGCUGUAAAAAGUGUGAAGACUGGAUCGAUUAUUCUCGGCGGUGGUGUUGUCAAACAUCACAUCAACAAUGCGAAUUUGAUGAGGAAUGGAUCUGAUUUGACUGUCUUCAUUAACACUGGACAGGAAUUUGAUGGCUCGGACUCUGGAGCUCAACCUGACGAAGCUGUGAGCUGGGGAAAAGUGAAACCAGGAACAUCAGCCGUCAAAGUGCACGCCGAAGCGACGCUCGUGUUCCCACUCCUCGUCGCUGAGACAUUUGCAAAGCGAAUUCGAAAAUGA